GCGGGCAGCCGGGAGGAGGGAGGUGGGUCUGACAGUUGGCGCCGCCGGGAGGGCGGGCUGCGCGAGUGGGCGCGGGCCCCGAGGGCCAGACUGUAGCCUGCCAAGCUCCUCUGUCCGUGGGAUUUCCCAAGCAAGAAUACUAGAGUGGGUUGCCAUUUCCUCCUCCAGAGGAUCUUCCCGACCCAGGGAUCGAAUCUGAGUCUCCUGCAUUGCAGGCAGAUUCUUUACCACUGAGCCACCAGGGAGGAUACCAGUACCUAAAGGCUUCUAGCUCCAGGGAGCGGCCUGAAGGCCCAGGAGACAAUGGUCUCAGUGACCAUGGCCACUUCCGAGUGGAUCCAGUUCUUUAAGGAAGCCGGCAUUCCUCCAGGACCUGCUGUCAAUUACGCUGUGAUGUUUGUGGAUAAUAGAAUCCAGAAGAGCAUGCUGCUGGACCUCAACAAGGAGAUCAUGAACGAGCUGGGCGUGACCGUGGUGGGUGACAUCAUUGCCAUCCUCAAGCAUGCCAAGGUGGUGCACCGCCAGGAUAUGUGCAAAGCUGCCACUGAGGCGGUGCCCUGCAGCCCCAGCCCCCUCCCAGGCGAGAUUCGCCGGGGUGCUUCUAGCGCCGCCUCCCGAAUGAUCACCAACAGCCUGAACCGAGACUCCCCACCUGGCACUCCCCCAAGGCGGCCGGACACCAGCACCUCCAAGAUCUCUGUCACCGUGUCCAACAAGAUGGCAGCAAAGAGUGCCAAGGCUGCCGCAGCCCUGGCCCACCGAGAGGAGGAGAGCCUGAGUGUUCCCACCAAGCGGCGCCGGGUCACCGCCGAGAUGGAGGGGAAGUACAUUAUCAACAUGCCCAAAGGCACUACCCCGCGGACCCGGAAGAUCCUGGAGCAGCAACAGGCAGCAAAAGGUCUCCACAGGACAUCUGUGUUUGACCGCCUCGGCGCUGAGACCAAGGCAGAUACCACAACGGGGAAUAAACCCACCGGAGUCUUCAGCCGUCUGGGGGCCACGCCCGAGACAGACGAGGAUCUGGCUUGGGACAGUGACAACGACAGCAGCAGCAGCUCCGUCCUGCAGUACGCCGGGGUCCUGAAGAGGCUGGGCCGCGCCCCCGCCAAGGCCAGCCCGCAGCCUGCGCUGACUGUCAAAGCCAAGGCGACGAGCUCGGCGCCGACCGCUGCCGCCCCCACGCUGCGGCGCCUGGCCCUCUCCUCGCGCCCGGUGCCCGAGAGGAAGCCGGAGGCCCUGUCCAAAGUCAGCAUCAUCCAGAGACUGGGCAAGCCCGCCCUCGUGCCUGAGGCCCAGGACAGCCAGGUCACCAGCACCAAGAGUAAGUCCUCAGCUGAGGUCAAGGUCACCAUUAAGAGGACUCUGGUGGGGCCCCGGGGGAGCAGCUCCAGCGAGGGCCUGGGUGCCCAGAUGGACCACGCGGGCACCGUGAGCGUAUUCAAAAGACUGGGCCGGAGGACCUUCUAGCCCACGGGCGGGGCGCAGGCCCCUCUCCUGACUCCCGGCUCCAUCAGUCUUCAGCGAGGGCACGUCACCCCUCCCUGCCGGCUUCCGGACAACUUGUCGCCCCCUCAGGUGUUCCGCUGGCCUGAGCUUUCCGGGGAGCCACCUGGGUGUUCUGAAUCCGAGAGGGUCGCUGUGGCCCGGCCUUGCCGCUCUGGGGCUUCCCUUCCUUCCCGUCCUCUGCUCUUGCCUCUUGACUGUGGCCUUGGCAGGACCCCACCUUUACCUCUCCCGAUGCCAAGGACCCUUCUCCUCCCCUCCAUGCCCUUCCUCUCUCCCAGCAGCAUCUGCUGCCUCAAACCCGCAUUCUGGGGCCUCCCUGUCCCCCAGAGAGGGUGCACCCGGAGGGACUUCUGUGUCCCCCACCCCGGGACUUCCUUGCCCUCUGGCCUCUGCCCCCCCCCCCGCCCACUGCUUUGCCCUCCCCCACUCUCUCCCGAUCU